CGUGUCCUAGUCUCUAACCUCUUAAUCUUGCGCCGUGAGAAAAAAUAAUAUGAUAUAUAUUUUAUUAUAAAACAAAACCGUGAUUCACAGUGAAUCAUUCACUCUUGUUGCCGCCGUCGACUACACGUAUCCAUAUUAUUAUAUACAUAUAUAAUAUAAUAACACUAUUACUUAUCUAAGCGACUAGUCUUGGAUUCUACGAAUGGUAUAAUUCUGUUUCAUUCUAGCCGAAUUAUUGUAUAGUUGUUUUUGUUUUUAAUAAUUACCUACACUUUUUCUCCAUUGUUAUACGUUUUUUUGGCAUUACAAACGCCAAAAUAACUUUUUAUUGUACGCUUGAAAACAAUCGUAUUCCCGUAAAUUUGUGGCUGCGCCUUUAGUGUUGACGUCUCGUCUGCAUAUCUUCAACGUUUGUUUGGGACUGCAAUUUGAAAAGAGCUUCCAAUUAUUUAAUCAACAAUAAUGGCUAUGGAAGGAGAGGAAAUCAUUUCGGAUCAGGAGAAGGUCAGAAUUGUCUCCGAUUUCAUUUUGCAUUCACCUCCUGGCGAAUUUAAUGAAGUUUUUAAUGAUGUUCGAGGUUUGGUAAACAAUGAUGCUCUACUCAAAGAGGGAACCUGCUGGGCGUUUGCUUUGUAUAAUAAAGAACAAACUUUGCCAGUUAAAAUAGAAAAUAGUGAUCAAUCAGUGUUAAUAACACAAUUUAAUGACUUGGGGUCAAAUAGAUUUUUCGAUCCCAGGUCAAAGCAGUCAUUUAAGUUUGAUCAUUUAAGAAAAGAAGCAUCCAACUAUGAAAGCUGGGAACCAGAUACUGAGACAGAAGCUUGGCGUUCAGCAUUUGAAACCGAGUUUACCAAUUAUACUACAUUACAUUAUAAACAUGGAACCUGUAGUGUUUUUACCAAGAAGGACGGUGCCUCUACUGUAAUAACUGCUUGUAUUGAAGAUCACGAAUUUCAAGCAAAAAAUUUUUGGAAUGGCCGCUGGCGAUCGCAGUGGACAAUGACAAUUGGGUCAGCCAAUAUUGAGAUUCUUGGGUUUUUAAGGAUUCAUGUUCAUUACUACGAGAAUGGUAAUGUUCAGUUAGUUGCGUCCAAGGAAGUCAAGGAGUCUAUUGCAUUAAUGAAUGAAGAACAAGCCGUCAAAGAGAUUUUAAAAUUAGCUGCAGAUUCUGAAAAUGAAUACCAGAUUGCUAUCACUGAAAAUUAUCAAACAAUGUCUGAAACUACAUUUAAGGCUCUCCGCCGUCAGUUGCCAGUGACAAGAACGAAAAUUGACUGGAACAAAAUAGUGUCUUAUAGUAUUGCUAAAGAGUUUAAAACUCAAUGACCAAUCAAAUAUGACAGUAGUUUUAUCUGGUAAGUCUUUUUAAGCUUACUGAAAUAUCUUGCUAAACAAUACGCAUAAUACAUUAAAUAAAAAUUGCCGUUUUCAGUUUAGUUGUUAGAGAAACAAUUGUACAAAUGAAUAUUGUGCUAUGUAAUACUUCAUAAUGUUAUUCAUUUUAGUUUCCCAGAAUAGAGUUGUAAAUUAGUAAAAAAAAAUUAUUAUUAAUUUAAUUUAAUUUUUAUAUUUUUAAUUAUCAUUAAAUUAUUUUGUUAAAAGAAUAAAACCAUAAAAAUAUUGAAUGGUUUUUAAAAUUAG